GCACAGCUGGUUCCAUGUUGUUCUAGCCCUCUCCUCUUGAUUUUCAUCUUCGGUUCCCCAAUCCUGUCGUGGGUGGCGGGCAGAUGCCUCGACAAAUUUCCCAAGGCCCUCCAUUAUUCUGUGGUUCCGAGGAUUUUCGGUAGCGAUAUGUCACGGGAGGCCUUUCGAAAGACAAUGGCAAUGGUUGUCUAUUUCUAUUUAGAAAUGGAUCGUUCCUCACUGCUGCAAGUUCCCCAUACCUUUCCUUCCCAUGUUCCUCAAGAGUGUCGUUGUGUCUGCGUUCACCACCUUUGUGGUCGGUCAAUCAUCCCUACCUUCAUGUCGAAUUCUGCCUUCAGACUCGUCAUGGCCUGCCCAAGACGUAUGGGACACCUUCAAUACUUCGAUCGACGGUCGUCUCAUCAAAACCGUUCCGAUCGGUAGUCCUUGUCAUGACCCAACAUUCGACCAGGCGCAAUGCGAUGUCAUUCGAAAUAACUGGCAUAGCCCGGAGUUUCAUGAGGCCAAUCCAUCCUCCAUAGCGGAUCCUGUCUUUCUGAACAAGAGUUGUGAUCCCUUCGACCCACGAGAAACCCCAUGCCAAAUCGGCGCAUAUGUUCAAUACGCAGUGAACGUAUCCUCACGCGAGGAUGUCAUUCAAACCCUACAGUUCGUGAAGGAACAUAAUAUUCGGUUUGUUAUCAAGAAUACCGGUCACGAUUACAUGGGAAGAUCGACAGGUACCGGGGCCGUAUCCGUGUGGAUGCACAAUCUUCAGGAGAUCGCAUGGAUUCCCGAAUUUCAAUCGUCUAAUUACACUGGGCCUGCGUUCAAAGUUCAGGCAGGAGUUACCGGUUCUAAGAUAACUGAGAAAGCAAGCAAACAAGGCCUCGUUGUGGUUAGUGGCGCAUGUCCUACCGUGGGCUUUACAGGAGGAUACAUCCAAGGUGGUGGACAUUCUCCUUUGAGCACAGCCUAUGGGUUGGCUGCCGACCAGACUUUGGAAUUCGAAGUGAUCACAACGCAAGGCGAUUUUGUAACCGCCUCUCCCACGAAGAAUAGUAACCUCUUCUGGGCAUUGAGUGGUGGUGGUGGAGGUACCUAUGGGAUCGUAUGGACUGUCACUGUCAAAGCCCAUAAAGACCUCCCGAUCACGAUUGGAUCGGUCAACUUCACUUUGGGCGACAAUACACAGGACCUAUAUUGGAAGGCCAUUGAUGCAUAUCAAGCCAGCACACCCGAUAUCAUGCAAGGCGGGGCAUGGGCUAUUGCGGUCUACAAUAACGUGUCUUUUAGCCUCUUUCCAGUAUUCGGGGUAAACCUGACGGUUCAAGAAGUAGCGGCUAUACUUCGAUCUCUGCUCCACACGCUAGAUUCACUUGGAGUCCAUUAUACCACGGCAACCCAAACGUUUCCUGGAUACCUAGAUGCGCUCAAUUCAGUUCAGUUCCUUGCCAAUUUCCAGGUCGCGAACGUGCUUAUAGGAUCACGUUUACUCCCGAGAUCGCUCUGGAAGACAAAUGAGACAAUUGGGAAUGUUCAAAGUACCAUUCGGUCGAUUGUUGACGGCGGGGCUAGCGUGUUUGAUAUUACUAUGAAGGCUACACUCAGAAAUGCUGGCGAUCCUGUCAAUGCUGUUCUGCCUGCAUGGAGAGACGCAGAAAGGCAUUUUAUUUUCACCCUCCCGUUGGUGGAUGGUGAAUCUAUACAGCAGAUCCUACAAGACCGAGAGACGAUAACAACACAAUUUCUGGCAGCUUUGAAAAGGUUGACGUCAGUCACAGGAUCUUAUAUCAAUGAGGCGGAUUCAAAUGAUCUUGAUUUUAAAGACGCGUUUUACGGAGCGAACUACGACAUGUUACUGCAUAUCAAAGAUAAGUGGGAUCCUGAUCAGAUUAUGUAUGGUCGCGUCGCUGUUGGAGGGGAUCGAUGGUUUGAGACGGAGGAAGGCAGACUCUGUAGGACAGACGCGACUGAAUCUCCAUGAUCAAGCACCGUCGGCGUUAUGUUACUACCUGUUUGCUACCUGAGUCCAUUCUUAAGUGUUCAAAUUUCCUGGAAAGUUU